AUGGCGGUUGAAUUGAACACGUGGCAAGAACCGCGUACGCACACGCUACGCGUCCCGCCCCCUGCCCCGCCUCCCUCGCCUUUCAAGUCGGGAAACAUUGACUAUACAACGAUAUAUCGUUAAAUAUGCAUUUUUACCGUAAUUUCUUCGCGGGAACUCAAAAUUUUGGAAUUUGGGCAUUUUCUACUGAAAUUCAAAAUGGCGCGUAAAACUCACCGUAAAAAUGCGUAUCCAACGAUAUAUCGUUGUAGGACACACCUUCGCAGAAUACCAAUUCCGCCUAUUUCCCGGAAUCAUUUUGAACGAAUAACGCGUCUAUUUUGAAAACGCCGAAAUUACUUUGAACACGGCAUUUAUGACAUCAUUCGGAACACAAGAAAUAAGCGUAAUCAAAAUAUUUGGCUAUAUAUUUAUUUUAUUUACGUGAAAAAAAUUGUAGAAUGGGAAGAGCCUGAAAUAAAAUGGAAAAUAAUUCGCGUCGAAUCUAAUUUUAUGAAUUCAAAACGUUAAAAAAAUAAAUCAAAUAAGCGUGUGCUGCGAGUCAAUAUGACGUCAUGGGGAUCUGUUCAGAUUUUGAAUGUCAAGUAAAAUGACGUCAUUCGAAAACACUCUGUGGGUGGCUCGCUCUCUGAUUGGUUUAUCCCACCAUUAGGGGAGGAGCUUGAGCGAGGACUUGACAUUUAAAAUCUGAACAGACUAUAGUUUGCGAUUUAACUCGACCUCUUUUUCGGAAAGCCCGUUCAACCCUAUUUUUGUAUCUGUUCAACCGUUUUCAGAUGAAAAAGUAAAUAAUGAAUGAAUAAAACGCAAAAAUUGAAUUUAGUUUUGUAAAUAAUUGUGCUCCUUUUGUUCCAGGGCACUGCGUGUGCUUUUCGUCAAGAAUCUCAUUCUGAUGAAGAGAAACAAGAUGUGGACAGUUCUUCAAAUCGGCGUCCCAUUGUUGCUCUGCUUGAUGAUGUUCUCUCUGCUUGUAGUUAUCAACGUAAGGUUUCCUUUUUAGAAGAGCAAAAAUUAGGAAGGUUUUACUCACAAUUUGAAGGCUCACAGUGUUCCCAAACGGGCGGCAGCUGUGGUCAGUAGGCGUGGCUGACUGCAACAGCGGCACGGUUUAUUGCAAUAGGGGCGCGGGAAUGAGAGUCAAGUUUCGUGGAUUUAGUGGUUGGAAAAAGACCAUUGAAUGAUGUUUUUCCUAGGUUCUCGCAAGUUUUCAAAGAUUUUUAAUGUGUAUUAAAUUAUAACGAACAAAUUUAAAUGAAAAAAGAAACGAAAAAGUUUUUGCAGAUUAAAAUAUCUCCCAAAAUGUCGUUUUUUUAGGAAAACUCGUCAAAUCGAACUUCCAAAGGGAAAAUUGAGAAAAAGCUCAAAGCACUUCUCUUAAGAAAUACCAUUUGAACGUUUUAAAACAAAAACAGAUACAUAAUAGCUUGUGCGAAUAAAGUUGUCACCCAAAAUGACAUUUUCAAGAAUAAAUCCGUCGAAGACUGCCUCGAAAAAAAAAUUUUGAGAAAAAUCUCAAAGCGUUUCUUUUAAGAAAGCCCAUUUGAAAAUUCCAAAACAAAAAAACAAACGAAAUAUCUUAUGCGAAAUAAGUUGUCAUCAAAAAUGUCAUUUUAAUGCGAAUUUCUGUGACGAGAACAAUCGAAAAUCACUUCAAAUCUCUGGAAAACGCGUUAAACACGUUUUAAGAGCACAUAAAAUGUGAAAAAAUACGAAAGAAUGGUAAAAUACGCAAGAAAAAGAGAAAAAACCGUAUUAAAAGUGAAUGAAAUUUUGUGGGGGUGACACGCGCCGCACCGCGUUGCGUUAGAAAAAACUCGCGUUUUCGCCCCAUUGCGACGACCUUUUUUUUCGCUUGCCGCCGUCUCUUUUGGAACACUGUGCGUUUCAAUAGAGAAAAGAAAAUCUAGUGGCUACCGUAUCUGCCAGCCUGGCUUCCUUUUUCGCUGCGACACACGCUUUUCGAAAUUCCGCAUCUUUAUCGGAUUGUUUUAAGAUUCUUUUGUACAUUUCUCUCCUUUUUUUCAUAGAUUCAAAUCCAUGUUAGAAAGCAACGUCAAUCAAAAAAAUUUCAGAAAAUUUCGCUUUAAAAUUAAAAAAAUAUUAACAAUAAGCAAAAAAAGUCAAUGAGUUAUUUUUUUAUCUUAUUAUUUUUCGGAAAAGUUUUUUUAUAGACAAACCAGGAGAAUAUGAAAGAAGACUGGGUACCCAAGAAGUACACGCUCGGAGAAAAUUUGAGCAACUCGAGUCAUCCGAAUGAAGAAAAAAUCGUGGCAGUCUAGUAUGUUCCUUGCCUGUUAUUAUUUUCCAUUUAUUUAUUUUUUUUUCAGCUGUAAAUCCAAAUGUAAAACGUUCGAAAGCCAAGUCCAGGUUUGGUUUUUCUAUAGUCUGCUCAUAUUUUUAAUGUCAAGUGCAAUGACGUCAUUCGAAAAACACUCUGUGGAUGGCUCGCUCUCUGAUUGGUUUAUCGCACCAUCAGGGGCGGAGCUUGAGAGGCGACUUGACAUUCAAAAUCAGAACAGACUAAACAUGUCUUUUUUGGCAGGCUGAGAUAUUUGUAGGGGGCGCAAAGCCCCGCCCCUUCACGCCACCAAAAUGACGAUUUUUUUGUUGCAAAAACGGUUUUGAGGCGUUUAUACUAGCUAAAGUCCCACUUUAAAAAUGAACUGUUUCUGUUAAUCUAUGUAAUCGACAACGCUCUACAAGUCUGAAUAUUUUUUUAAAACUACGUAUUUUUUUCAAAAAAAUAAGCGAAAAAAAGUAAGAUUUAACUCGAAAAAAACAGACAAGUUUCACAAAAUCGUCGCGUUUCAGAAAACCAAGUGAGGAUCGCUUCCAAAUUUUGAGUAUGUUACUUAUUAACACUUUCUUUAUUUUUUGAGUGGAAAUUUAAAAAAAUCUAACGACGCGAAAAAAAAAUCGAAGCUUGUAAAGUGACACCAAACUUUGAAGCUGAAAUGCGAAAAAAUUUCAGCGACAAGGUAUACUUUUUAUUUGAUUUAAAAACUCACAAUGUGUUCAAAAAAAUAAAAAAAUUCAGAAUGAAAAUAAUUAUUGGGACAGCGAAUCAAAUUAUAUUUGAAUAUUACCAAAACCUCCUUUUUUUCGUCUGCCUCGUUGACGCAUGAGAGAAUAGGAUCGCGUCUAUAUUUUUGAUUAUGUUAUUAAGCGUUCAAAACUCUAUCAAUGAAAAAAUUAUGAAAAAAAUCUAACGACGCGAAAAAAAUAACGGCUUUGAAAACCUCGAAAAAAUGGCAAUUUUUUUUGAAAUUUUGGAAGAAUUCGUGCAAGCGUUCGUAGCUGUGUUUGCGUCAAACACACCGAUGCGCCAUUUUAAAUGUUGCAGGAGCCGUUUUUCGGAGUCAAAUUGCACUUUUUUUCCUGUUUUUAUUUCGAAAUAACGUUAUUUUUCAUUUUUUCUUUCUUCCAAAUCGAAUGAUAAUAAUUUUUUUCUGAUUAGAAAAAAAGUAAAAUAAGCUGAAAAUUCCUUCUGACCUUUUUUUCUAAGUAGUUUUUUUGAUAUUUUAUCAAAAAAAUUCUUAUGAGAUUUAUACAAAAGAUUUAUACCAAAACGUUGAGCUCAGUUCUGACAACCUCUCAGAACAGAAAACCGAUUCGAAAACGGUUCAGAAAUGCGCAAAAACAUUUAAAAAGAAAGCGUGCGUCAGCGGGUAAACCGUGAGAUUUUGCCUCCAGUUGUACACCGCGCGCGCUAGUUUUUUGGCCAUAACUUUUUUCUUAGUGGACUUUUUUUCAAAAACUAAACGGAUUAUGAAAAUGGACAGUCUCCUCUAUCGAACAAUGUGGAAAACAUAUUUUUUGAAUCGUUCUGAAGAAAUGGCUUGCGGACCCUAGAUAUUUGAACAAUUUUAAAGUCUAUUUUUCCUGGCUACUGUAAUUUAACUUUUUUUUUUAAAUUCAGACGUGCGCUUGGAAAAAAAUGAAUUAAUUUUACUAAUUAAUUUGUUUUUUCAACGCAAAAAUAAUCGAGAAAGUAUCAGGAAAAAAUACGUUCGAGUUCACAUAGGUAUUUUUGAGUGAUCCCCAUAGGGGUUAGGGGGAAAAGGGCACUAUAGCGACCGCAAAAGUGGUCCUCAUAGUGUUCGUUCAAUUUUCUUCAAAAACUGUGAAAAAAUUAUCGACCAGUAAGUCCUCUGUAGGGGGCCCUCAACUAAAACCCCUUUAGGGACUGUUUUUGCAAGCUCUAGUCGCCCCUAUAAGGUUGGUAAGGUGGUUUUUAGAGGGGACCCUUCAAGGGCCCUAAGGUAGCCCCUAUAGGGACCGCUCUGGAACUCCUAAGUCACGAUCCCCGCCAGUUCCCCAGUCGAGACCGCAACAAAUUAAUUACUACAGUAUAACAUGACGAACUUUGCACGCAAAGGGGCGUGGCCUGUCUGCGCUCUCCAGUAACCAAGCACUAUCUCUUUUUCUUGUCGUGUCAGGACCGAGUCAGCUAUUUAAACUUUUUUUAUGGUCUUUCUAGUAAAAAAAAAUCGAUUUCAAUAGUUGUAUUUCACAUUGUUAUUAUUCCAGAAUCACAGUGAAAACGUCAUCAGCAAAAAUCUCGACGACCUCAAAAAUGUGAUCACCGACAAAAACGCUAGGUAUUCCAUGCAAAUUUUUUUAUUGAAGAAUUCGAAAAUUAUUAAUUUUUCAGCUUCGGCAUCGCUGUCAACAGUUAUGAUACCGAUGACACUUAUUUGGACUUUGACGUGCAUCUCCACCCCGUAGAGUAUAGGCAACUCCCAUUAGAUGCCGAGUGGAAUACGCACUUUACUCACGGGUGAGCAGCAACUGUGGAAGUUUUUUGUGGCCCCUCUAGGGGUUGGCCGUUUUAGUGGCCAUUAUAGUAGUUGAAUUAGUGAGCGCUUACUUCGGUAAAAAUUGAAUUUAAAAAAAAGUUUAUGAUAUAAUUGAUUGAAAUAAAUUUGAAAUGAAGUUCGACUUCGAACCCUUAUAGUAGCGUGCUGUUUCGUUUUUGAGAAAUUUAAAAAAAAAAAAGUUGGUAGCUCAACGUGUAGCGGCUGCGACGCGGUAAGCAUUGAGGUGCACCCGACCAAAAACGACUUUUCCACGCGAAAUAGGCGAAAUUUCAAACUUGAGCCAUAACGUCAUUCUAAACGCAAGCAAAAUAAGAAUAUUCGUAUACUGUAGUGGCCACUUUUAAAGGUUUUUGACACUUUAAAGGCAUAGGGGCAGUAAAAAAUGGGGUUUCAGGCGAAAGCAGUAUCUUAUAUAGUUUUUCUUUGCGAAUCGAAUGGUGUACUCAAAAAAAUUACAGAUGUGAGAACUUUAGAAGAAAAACGCGAUUUUACUUUCCCGCCUUCAAUUUGGAAAAAAGCUUUGGAUCGGUAUGCAGACCUGUUUACAGUAGCCGUGCACGCGAUGUUGCGGACGGCUCAUUAAACUCGCAUUUUGGAAGAAAUAACCGGAUAUCUGCUUCAAAUCCAGGCUUUCUUCUCUGAAAAAUUGAUCAAGAAAACAGAAAACACACACCGAUAAUAAAUAAAACACAAAAUAUCGCAAUCCCAAUCGAAACCUGUGUAAAAUCAUCGUUUUUCAUCAGAAAAGCAUUUUGCGAACAAAGUUUGCAAAUUCCUUAUAAAUAGAAACUUUCAAGGACGAAAAGAAUUUUAUUGAUCACAGAAAAAAUUGAAAACGAAAAGAAACGAAGAAAAAAGCGAAAAUGCGAAAAAUGGCGAUACGUGUUGUCCAUAGAGCGACUUUACUGCAAAGCGCCCUUUUCGCGGGAAAACUUUCUUUUCUCCGACUUUGAACUGUUUUUUCUCCAAAACUAGGAAGUUUGGUACAUUUCCAAGUUCACCGUUCGAUUCGCAAUGAAGAACUCUACAAACUACUGCUUUGAACUAAACACCCUUUUUUACUACCCCUAUGCCUUUAAGCAUCCCAGGCAGAAGUGCGUAUAAUUUCGAAAGCUCGAAACAAGAAAUUGACGUAAAUUAUGUAUCUCCAAUGUCUUUUGGCUGAGCAGAGUCACUCACGGCGUUACCAAGAAUAAAAAUUUCUGCCACCGCUCUGUGCGGUCAGCUGUAUUGGCCGCAAUAGACUGUGACGCAAAUACGAACCAUCAAUUCACAAUUUGGCCAGUUGCCAACAGUCUUUGAUCUCAUUUUUUACAUUUUUCGCUAACGAUCUUCUCAUGAAUAUCGAUGAUAAGGAGCAUUUCACAGCUUUUACGUGAUUGUUAGGUGAUUAGCAGGUGAAAACGGAUUGAUCAAAUUUCUUACUAGUGGGUUUUUUUUUGCUAUGAAGCAAACUUUGCCAAUUUUCCGAACUUUGCCAAAGUUAUUAUGUACACCUUUUAGUCGUUAAACUUGUAUUGCUUAUCGUUCACAUUGUCUUUUUUAGCAAGCUUCUGCAUUAACGACUGUAAGCCAGAAUAAAUCGAAAAAUAAACGGAAAACGCGUCGAAAACGCUGUGAAACAUACGAAGAUUGGAUUUUUCAACAAUAGAAGUUUAGAGAAAACUCCAGACUGCAAAUCCAGUCUUUUUUUUCCAUUUCGCAAAACUUCGAAAAUUUUGAGUUGAACAUAAGAUUUUUCACAAGCAACGGGAAAAUACGUUCCACGACCAAACGAUAGAGCAAAAAUAUCUUAACAACUUAGUCAAAUCAGAUUUUUGGAAUUUAAGCCAAUAAAUUUGUAAAAAUAUUAAAUAUGCUGCUUUAAGGCCUAAUAAAAAUAAACAAUUGGCACAUGGAGGAAAGUUCGCUCCAAUGCGACGCGUGGUGGCAAAAUUUACGUUCCGCUUCCACUGUGUGGUAACCAGGCUUGUGCGUCAGGCCGAGCGGCCCGGGCUUUGGGUCUCAUUUUCAGGAAAAAGCCCGCGUGGGCUCGGGCCGGGCCGGGCUUCAAAAAAAAAUUUAAAAUUUCAUUUGAAAAACUUUCACCGAAAUGUGACUCUUACUUCUGAAAUCAUAGUUUUUGUUAAAUUGUAAGUGAAAAAAUGAGAAAAAACGUAAACUUUAUUGUAAAAAAACUCGUUAUCCGACUAGAAAAAAUUGCACGUUUUGGGCCGGGCGGGCCAUUUUUUCUUGAGGCCCCUCUAAGGCCGGGCCGGGCCGGGCUUACGAAAUGGUCGGGGGGCCGGGAGGGUGACGGGCCGGCCCUCGCACAAGCCUGGUGGUAACGCCGUGUCACAAAAACCCUGCCUCGAAAACUCGAAAUUGAAAUAAAUUCGAAGUCACUAAUUUUCAGUAAUAACGAGAGCGCGUACCAUUCGCACCUGAUUGACUACCUGUUUCUUCUCGGCGUAUCUUUUCUAGUGGACGCCAACGUUACCAUUCCAGCAAAUCAGGUUUUUUUUUCUUCUGUUGAGCCCACAGAAAAAAAAUAUUUUUUUUUUUCAACGGAAAAGAUUUCAUCUUUUGAUUCAAUUUAUUGGAAGAAUGUUUAGAUCACCAUAAUACCGUUCUAUCCUCAGUUCAAACCUAAAUUGGCGAUGGUUACUGCAUCUUUUGCUCUGACCUCGCUGAUACCAUUGAUGACGGUUUUCAUGGUCAUGGUGACUGCAAGGGAAAUCGCCGCUGAGAAGGCCAAUAUAAAGGUGCGUUCCCCCCAAUUUACAGGGUUUGGCGGGCGAUGAUGAUGAAAUAACCGCGUAGCCGAAUAAAAAAACCUGCCUAACUGUUGUGAAAUGGGGUUCGUUCGAAUCGGAGCAUUCCUAGUGAUCACUUUAGUAGCCCCAGCACUCUUAAGUGAUCCCUAGAGCUGCCCAGAAACGUCAAAUGAUCGGAAUCGUUUCCAGGACUACCUGCACACCUUCGGCAUGUCUUCGUUCCAAUACUAUUUCUCACAUGCACAGUUUGCCUAUUGCAAGUUCUUACUGUUCUGUGCGAUACCGCUCUUUUUCGUCGGACUUCCUAUCGGGGUACGGCGAAAUGUGAAAUGUUCAAGGGAUAGCUGUGGAUGGCUUUUUGACUGCAACGCGGCUUCAUAGAAAUGUUCCCUUCAGGGGGACAAAGGCUCCCUUUUUGCGCCAUUUUCUCGACCCUUAUGCACAAUUUUUGCGGCCUCCCCCUUUUCCACCAUUCCUCGAGCCUUCGAUAUCCUAGACAAAUGGAAGGCUUAAUAAAGGGGCUUUUUUGCGGCCUUUUUGUUGCCUUUUUGCGGCCUUUUUGCUGCCUUUUUGCGGCCUUUUUUGCGCCCCUCCCUUUUAGCGGCCAUUAUUCACCAUUCAGGCUUUGCCCGAGCUUUUUGCCUCAAACUUUCCGCAAAGUAGGUGAAACGAGAAUUGUUGAGGCUCCAAAUCUUUCCUAGGGAGUCACUCGAAAACCCCAAGUAGUCGCUAAAGUGAAUCUUUUUUUUUCUUUAGUGAUCACUUGAAGGGGUCGACUAUCCCUUUUUUUCUAUAUCUGAUUCACGGAACCAUCGAAAAAAGGGUCCUGACACGAUAAUGCACGAGAUAGCGCAUGGCUCGUGGAGAGCACAAACAGGCCACGCCCCCUUAGAGUCUCAAACCAGCCGUGACUCAGCUAUACAAGACCUGUUUUGAAAAAUCAUGGCUGAAAUUUGUCUCUUUUGUUGCAUUUCAUAACCAUUUUUGGUGGCAUUAAAAAUGAAAAUAUGGAAAACUUUCCCUUUUCCAGACGAUAUCACCUGGAUAUUUCUUGGUUAUGGUGAUCCUUUACGGACUGGCCGCGACAUCGUUCGGGACCGCGAUGGGAAUAAUUUUCGAGACGAGCGCCGGGGCUUUGAAAGGUUUUUUUUUAUACAAUAACAAAAAAAGCUUCGAUGAAAAAUCGGGUUACAAAAACUUGAUACCCGUUGGCAAACCUUUUUACAUUCCGCGGCGUUUUUUUUGCUCAUAUUUUUCCGUAAAGUGUAGUGUGUCGUGUGCAUGCACUGCGACGCUCUCGCACAGGACGUCUUAAAAUCAAUUCUUGCGAAUUUCAAAAUCAUUUUUGAAUUUCUGAAAAUCAAUCAUGUUUUUCACUUUCUGAAGGCUAUUCUGAAUUUCGCGGAAUCACUUUGAACACAGCAAAAAAACAUGAAACAAAAAAAUAGCGUUUUUUAAUGAUGAAUGGAUUCGUCUCAUGACCAAUUUAACAUGCGCCUUUAAUAUUCCCUUACGCUUGUUUCCGAUGAUGUCAAAUGGGAACGGCAGAGUUUUGACUCCAGCCCCAUUAUUUUUUCUUUCACAUUUUCUUCCACUAACAAAAACGCCGUGCAGCACGUCAUCAUGCUUUUCGAACCUACUUUUGUCACAACGUUGAGUUUUCCUCCGUUCAGGAUCGCUAUGUUUUUGGGCGAUCUCUUGUGGAAUGAUGAUAUGGACACCGGAAGUCGAAAAAAUAUCCGAUUGUUGGCUGGUGUCCUUGAAUCUCAACUCAGCCAUGCAUCUGUUCGUCGCUGCGUCUAAAAUUUACGGCUCAACAAGUUCGUAUCACUAUUUUUCAUUAGGAAUCGAAUAGUUCGUUUUUUUCUAAUUUAUGAGCUUUUUUUUAAAUCAAAUAACGUGAAGAAUCAAGCUUGUCUGACAAGGGAGGCCAUUCCAGGGCUGAAUUUUUUUUUUGACGCGUUGCGUACGCGAUGCGGCUCCGACAAGCUUGGUACAAGUUUCAGAACUCAAGUAUAAAUCUUCGAGUCUUUCCAAACGCUAGAGAGCGAUUAAAGAUGAGAGAGUAGCCUUUUUCUCUCGCUCUCUCUCUCGAUUGCUCUCUCGUUCAUGAGUGCUCUUUAGCCUACGAAGAUUUGAAAAACACGUACGGAAUCCUGGAAUCUAAAUCUGAAUCUGCGAACAUUUUCGAAAGCUAGAGAGCGUUCAAAGAUGAGAGUGCGGCUUUUUUUCUCUUUCUCGGGACACUCUCUCGUUCACCAGUGCUCUCUAGCUUUCGAGGAUUGGAGAGUAGACUCUAAAGGCUCGCUUUUCAAUCCAAGAAGAGUUUCUCAAAAGUCAAAGAAACUUUAUCGAUUACAGAUUCGACGGUGGACUUCAGUAGCGGCUUCAGAGAACCUUCACACGUUUACACGCCCAGUAGCGCCAUAAUCAUGUUGUUCUUCGACGUCGUCUGGAUGCUGCUCAUCGCCUGGAUCAUCUCCCUACUCCGAGACGGCGUCAUCAAGAAGCUCUUGACGCUGUGCCGUCGGAAGAUGAAAAAAGCUGACGACGCGGCCGUGAGCUUCAUUUUUGAUUUCAAAUUCUUACAAAAUGAAAAGUCGAUAACUGCCGAGUCUGGCGCGCGAGGAAAGCGAGGUUGUUGGCGGUAUAGUCCAUUUUUCGCGAUUUGAAAGGACGGGACUUGUCUGAGCCCUCCUCGUCUCUUGGCGACCCUCUCUUGUUGACGCGCUAUUUUCGCGUUCCUCUGACCUCGCCGCGAAGAGAACAGAGAGACGCAGACACGCGAAAACUGUCAAGUCGCGUCGAACGGACCACACAUUGACCAUUUCGCAAGUCUCGCAUUCUAAAAAGCGCUUCCUCACGGCGUUUUUUCGACAUCUGUUCUUUCUCCGUAAAGUUUAGUGUGUCGUGUGCAUGCACUGCGCCGCAUUCGCGCAGAAAGAUGCGUUCUUGUAGAAACGAAUCGUUUCAAAACCCUCAAUACGGCGGCCUGCGCCUUUAAUAAGCCCUGUUAUUACCGUUCUUAGACCCGAAAUGUCUUUCACGAAUGAUUUUGAUUUUCUAAAUGCGGGAUCGAAAAAAAAAACUCGAGAUGUUCGCGAGUUUGUUAAUAUAACGCCACCAACCUCGCGUUUAUCUCGGCGGUUUUUCUUAGUAGUAAAGGCCGAGAUGGGUAGAUCUUUUCCAAAAAUUUUUGCACCCAACAAAAAAAAAUUGGGUUUUUUCUGCAUCUUUUGAAAUCAGGAAGACAAAGGAGAAGACGAUUGGCAUGAAGUCGUGAACGGUCGCAAGGAAGCUGUGGCGGACAUCGACAUCGAGAACCUCGUCAAGGUAUGAAAGUUGCGGAAUUGAGCUAUAGGAUGAUAAUUUCCCGAUAUUUUUUCGUGCAAAAAAUCGAAUAUUUUUACAGUCAAAAAAGGAGAUUUUAUGAUUUGGUGUUUUUUGGUUGGAAACAUCUAAGCGGAAACACGGGCAAAGUCCAAAAGGUCUCAAAAAGGAUUUCGCUUUUUUUUUCUAGACCUUUUUCUGAAAAGGGCCUUUUAAGGAGAUGCAAGGCAAAAAAAUAUGGAGAAAAGGAGAUUGCGAGAAACUUUGGACAACUUAAAAAGGAGCUUUAAGCUCUUUUUUUAAGGCUUUUUUUAUGAGGUCUUUAAGACUUUUUCUGUUUAAAAGUACGUGUAGUUCUCUCUUUUUCUAUAUUUUAAAGGAAAAUUAAAGGCAUAGGGGCAGUAAAAAACGGUGUUUCAGUUCGAAUCAGUACUUUGUAGAGCUUUUCAUUGCGAAUCGAACGGUGAACUUGGAAAUGUACAGAAGUUCCUAGUUUCGGAGAAAAAAUAAUUCAAAGUCGGAGAGAGGAACGUUUGAGUUCCCGCGAAAAGGGCGCUUUGCAGUAAAGUUGCUCCAUGGACAAUAGGCUUCGCCAUCUUCCGGAUUUUCGCUUUUUUCUUCGUUUCUCUCGGUUUUUAAUUUUUUCUGUUGUCACCAAAGUUCUUUUUGUCACAAAAGCUUUCUAUUAAUGUAUAGUUUGCACACUUUAAUCGCAAAAAUGCUUUUCUGGUGAAAAAUGAUGAUUUUACACAGGUUUCGAUUGGGAAAGCGAUUAUUUGUGUUUUCUAUAUUGUUAAUAUGUGUUUUCUGUUUUCUUAUUCGAUUUUUCAGAAAAAAAAACCCUUAAUUUGAAGCAGAUAGCCGGUUAUUUCACAAAAAAUGCGAGUCUAAUGAGACGUCCGCAACAUCACGUGCACGGCUACUGUAAACAUUUGUCUGCAUACCGAUCCAAAGCGCGUUUUUUUCUUCUAAAGUUGUCACAUCUGUAAUUUUUUUGAGUACACCAUUCGAUUCGCAAAGAAAAACUAUAUAAAAUACUGCUUUCACCUGAAACCCCAUUUUUUACUGCCCCUAUGCCUUUAAGUAGGGACCGCAGACGAAUUUUCAAAAAAUUUUUUUCAGCAUUGAGCUUUGUAUGGUUCGAUAGCUGUUUCGAUUCAAAACUCAGAACCGUUUAGUUUUUCAAAAAAGAUUGAGGAUGAAAAAAGUUAUGACGGAAAAGGUGGCGCGCCGCGCACCAUUUUUUUAGUACUGAAAUUUUUGGUAUUAUCCAUUUUUGACAUUUUUUUCGAUUUUUUUCUUCUAGAACAAAUUUUUGAUACUGGUCUAUUAUGAUGUAACAAAUCAUACUAGAGUGCUAAAAUGAUGCUAAUCAGCUAGUUUGUCGAAAAAAAGUCGGUAUUUUCCAGAAAACAAAAACUGCCGCUUGCGGGCAUCGAACUCGCUACCUCAAAAUGUAAAAUCGGAGCGCACGCGUUGCGCCAAGCUGUUAGGUCCAACGCGGGGAGCUUCCAUCCGCCAUACCCUUGAGCCGUUUGAAUAGCACAGAUUGUCUAUUUCAAAAAGAAAAAAACUUGAAGUAAUUUAGCUAUUUUUUUAUCAGAAUAUGUUUGCAAAUCUUUACUCAAACGGUUCGUGGAAAUUCACUUCGAAAAAAACUGUUUUUUUAGUGCUUUUUGCCUCGUUUAACGAUCGCUGCAUUAAAACGGCCCCGUAAAUUUUUUGGCAAAGACGAAUUUUUAUUUUUAUUCUUUUUAAUUGAAAGAUUUUUUUACUAAUAAAUGUAUAUAAUCGUUUAAAAAACCUGCGUUCGACCGCUUUCUGUGUGAUAAACGCCGCUAAUUUUAUCCUCUAGUUUCAAGAGCAUUUUUGCGUAUUAAACAACUUUUUCAAGCACAUAUUCUGUGGAGAAAUAUUUAAGUAAGCCCGUGAUCUAAAUUUUGAAAAAAGAAAAACUCGAUUAUAUUCGCAUAUUAACGAUAUUUUGAAUUACGACUUUCGGCACUCCCUAAAAUUUUUGGCAAAGACGAAUUUUUUAUUUUAUUGUUUUAAAAUUACCGUUACUUGAAUCAAAAUCAUUAUUUAAAAAAAGAAAGAGUGCGUUCGACCUGAAAACACAUGAAAAAGCAAAAAACGACAAAAUUUUUUAGUUCCAUUCACGUUUUUGUACGACAUUCCGCGCGAACGCAUCAAAAAAGCGUGAAAUAUUUUUUAAACGAAAGAGGAAGCUUUUCUGUACAAGUGUGUCAAAUUUUAUUUGCCAGUUCCACAUAUUUUACAACUACAUCAAAAUGAAAGUUGAAAACCAAAAAAAAGCCACUUUUUCUAUCGCGAAAAGGGGCGUGGCUUUGCGGUCCCUACCUUUAAGGCUAUGUUUUUCUUCAUUUUGCUCAUUGGAAGAUCUGGAAUUUCUAUCUAUUUUUUUCAAAGGUCUGGCCGACGGGAGAAAAGGCAGUUCGUGGCGUGAACAUGAGAUGUCUUCGCGGCGAAGUUUCCGUCCUUCUCGGUCACAACGGCGCCGGCAAAAGCACCACAUUCUCCUGCAUUUCCGGAAUUUGCCCUCUAUCUGGAGGUUUAAAAAAACCCGAGCGUCCUUGAAAAUUUGAUAGUUUUGGUUUUUCUGCGUAUAAGUUAUUCACGACUAGCUUGAGCCACAAAAAGGGUCCUGAUACGAAGAAAAAAGAAAUAACACUUGGUUGGAGUAGAGCUCAGACAGGCCACGCCCCUUCGUGUCCCAAGCUAGCUGUUAUAGUCCAUUGCGGGCAGAUUGAUUUUUGGAAACUGAAAAAGUUAUAAUUUUGAGGAAAAUCGAUAUAAAAACCAGUCUGACAAUAACUCAAAAUCAUUGAUUUUUGCCAGGCUCGAUCAAAAUCGCUGGAUUAAAUCUGAAUAAAGACCUGAGUAAGUGUCGAAAGGUCUUUGGACUGUGUCCCCAGUACAAUCCGCUCUUCGAAAGGCUCACCUGCUGGGAGCACCUGUGGCUGAUCAAUUCCAUCAAGGGCGGCCCGAAAAGCGAGUUCGAAGCCGAGGCGAACAGCCUCCUGGAUCAGCUCGGACUCACUCCGAAGAAGAAGGAGGUUGGUUCGAGUAGGGAGGCUGAGAUAGUCUUUGAGAGCUUUUUGGAAAAGUCAUGAGUAAAAUUGGUCUUUUCUCCUUGCAAUACACACUUCAAUGUACCAGAUUACAAGGUUAGAAGCAAAAAUGUUCAGUUUCGGAAGAAAAAGUCCUGAAAAAAGGCCAAAAUCCGUAAAAAUAGGUUAUUUCCAGACCUUAAGCCUUCGUUUUUCAAAGCUAGAGAGUUUCGUACGUUUACUAUGAAAUGUUCUGACAAAAUGACUUUUCAAAAUUUUCUGAGUUUCAUAGCACAUUUUCAAAGCACCACAACUCGUCUUAAAAACGAAAAAAGUUUUUUUUUUACUGCUGUGAAAGUUAUGCGUUCCUAGCAAUCCCGAAACCUCUCUGGUGGAAUGAAAAGGAAACUUUGCGUUGCUCUGGCGAUGAUUGGAGGUAGUCAGGUGAGUCUUUCUUUGUCUUUGUCUCAGGUGGAAGUUUCUAAGAGUACGGUAUUCAAAAGUCCGCAAUCUCACGCAUGUAUGUUUGCACUUGAUAACUGGUCUAUCUCCCAAUCGUUCAAAUUCACGUUUCAACAUUGAAACAGCGGAAAAUUCGUGCAUUGGACACGCUGAACUGCGGUGUGGAGAUCUCAAAAAGUGCAAAAGUAUGCAGUGCGCGUUUCCGAAUGCGGACUUUCACAUACCGUAAUCUCAAAAAAGAAACGGAAAACUAUCUCUUGACCUUGAAUCAAGCAACUAGCUUUUUUUUUAGGUGGUCCUUCUCGACGAACCAACUGCCGGCAUGGAUCCCGGAGCACGCGUCGACGUUCAGAAGCUCUUGCUCAACGAGAAAAAGAAGAGGUUUUAGGGGUUUUUUUUUUCAAACCACUCCAUCCAGGGAAUGUUCUUCGUUUAUAAUAGUUCAUUAUUUGAAGUUUACUUACGCUGUCACCCCCCAUGAGAAAAUUCAUAAUUCUUUCUAGAACCAUUCUUCUAACAACCCAUUACAUGGACGAAGCCGAAAGACUCGGCGAUUUCGUUUUUGUCAUGUCCGCCGGAAGAGUCGAAGCGUCGGGAAGUAUCAAUUUUCUGAAAGAGAAGUUGGAAAAAAGUCGAAGAUUUUGAUGUAUUCUGUCCUGAAGCUUUGGAAGUGGGUAUACACUGACGGUUGUCGCCGAAGAAGAGUCCAUGAGCAAGGAACAGCUUUUCAAAGUCUGUCAUCACUACGUCAAGGACGCUCAGUUGGUACGAUCUAUCCAAGUUUUAACACGCUGUCUCUGUAAUUCUCAAAAACAGUGGGUACAAUAGAAAAAAUAUUUUUUUCCCACUGUGAUAGUAUGACAUCAGAAAUGCCGACGCAAGUUUUCAGACCGCCUACCGGUGCUAGGUUACGGUAGGCAGGUGCGUCUUUUCGUAUCUGAUAAACUAUGCGUUCUUUCUAGGCAUACUGUAUAUCAAUCGAUAGGGAAUGCAAUUUAAGAACUUUUUCCGUACAUACCAUCAUGGGUUACUGUAGAGAUUUUUCGAGUCACGGUAGUUUUUGUGUCUGCGAUUUCUGUUUUUCCGUCAUUCUGUGUCUCAACUUUGAAAAAUCAUAUCUAGUGAUGACUAGUGAUUUCGAGCUUUUCAGGGUCAUCAAAAUGGAAAACAGAUCCAAAUUCACCUACCAGAAACGGAGAAGAAAACCAAAUUUGUUCCCUUGUUCGAAGCGCUCGAAAAAAUCCAAGAAAAUCAGUGAGUUUGCCGGAAAAGAACAGUCCAAAACGGGAAGAUACCCAGAGCCGCGCAAGUGGUGGCGAGAUCGGCUCGGGAAAGUACCCUGAAAGCGAUUCAGUCCGCCAAGAUCACCACUUUUGGGCUUUCCCUGAACACUUUGGAGCAGGUCUUGAUUGGUUUUUAGGAGAGGUUUUCAUGGGUUUUCAGGUCUUUUUGAGGAUUGGAGAGUUGCACGACGAGAAGGAACGGGCAAGGAAAGGCCUGAAAGAUGGCCAGAAGGGUCCCGUCAAUAUCCACGUCGGCGGCGGCAAGAAUUGUUAGUCAUCUUUGAGAGCUUCUGCUCAUUUUCCACGGCGUUUUUCCGACUACGCCACGCCCACUUUUUCUACGUAAAGUGUCGCGUGUCGUGUGCAUGCACUGCGCCGCUUUCGCGCAGAAAAUUGCUUUUUUGUAAAGAAUUUGUAAUCGAUUCGUCUCAAAAUUUUUUUAAUCGAUUCGUCUCAAAAACCUCUGGCAAUACGGAGGCCUGCGCCUUUGAUAAGCCAUGUUAUUAGAGCCGAAAUCUGUGCCGCUCUGACGUCACUUGGGAACAGCGAAUAUUUUGGCUCCGCCCACCUUAUUUUUGGUUUCGCAUUCUCUUCCAAUAAAAAAAACGCCUUGUUUGAGACUUUUCAAAAUUUCUUCUAUACGUUUUUAGAACAGCAGAAUUCCAAAAGCUCCAGUCCGUAAUUCGCCGUCGCGUGUAUGCGGACACCGUUUUAGACGUCAAUAUUUAUAGAUGGCGCGAAAAAUAUUAGAUUCAAAUAUGAACGUGUGCUACACAAUUGAUGAGCAAUGACAGAAAAAAUCCGGAAAAUUAAAAAAAUUAAAUAAAUGGCGUAAUACGAUUUGGCGCAAAAGAAUGCGGCGUCUGCAUACACGUCGCAUACACGCGACGGCCAAUUGCGGACCGGCGCUCUUGUCCCACACUCAUUUUAGGCAGGUUCCAUCAAAAGUUCAGUCGGCUACUGGAAGUUCCCUUUUUUUUUUAAAAAUAACUUUUUGCAACAAACUCAUCCCAAAAAAGUGUUCUUUCAAUGAUAUUUUUGUUUUUUCCAGCCCAAUUUUUCUUCUCCGGAUUCCUUCUAAUCAUCUCGCAAAUGGGCGCCAACGUCCGUAAAAGAGCUCUCUACGUGUGGAACAACUUCUCCGAGUUUUUGAUCCUUCUCUUGGAAGUACUGGCAAUAUUCUCAGCGACUGUUUUUGUGCAGAAGAGCCAGGAAAAGAGUGGGAUUUUUUUUUAGAAUUUUUUCAGUUUCUCCAGGAAAAAAAGAGUUUUUUUAAAUAGAAAAAAAUGAGCUGAAGUAGCGAUUUGAGGUUGAUAGGGAAAAAAAUUAUUAAAAAAAUCUGAAUCAAAUCCAAAAAAGUUGCUAAAAAACGGUAUGGAUUUUUGUCAAAUAAAAAAAAAAUCCCGAAUAACACUGAGUAUUCAACGCUGAUAACAUGUUUUUUCGCUGCAUACUUUAGAUUUGAAUUUUCGCGCCAAAAUUUUUUGACGUUUCCCCACCCCGUUUGGGAACGCCUUGGUACACAAAGAUGCUUACCGUAAUAUUUUUUCGUGACCCAAAAAAAAAUUUGAAAAAAUCCUAGUCGAAAGAUGACAGUGAAAUUUAUGAGGGCUUUGGAAAAAAAAAGGGCAACCGAUGAAUUUUUUGCCAUAGAGCAACUUUGCUGCAAAAAAUUUGCAAGUUGAUCAUUUUUGCUCGAAAUGAAGUUUUUGCACUACUUCAAGUAGACUCUUUCAAAAUCAACGAAAAUAUUCGUUUUUCUCGAUCUUCUUUUUUUAAUGUCCUUAUGCUUGGAACAAAAUAUGAUUUCAUAAAAGGGUCUGAUCAAAAUCUAUAGUUGAUUAGUUAAAAAAGGGUCUCGAAACGAUAAAUAUUGACAUUUUUUCAUGCUCUUUUAAAAACCCCACGGCGUUUUUUUUGGCGCUUAUAAUUUUUCCGUAAAGUGUAGUGUGUCGUGUGCAUACACUGCGGCGCUCUGGUACACGCCGCGUUCAACUUAAUUUUCGCCAACUGAAAUUCACUUAUAUUUUUCACUCUCUGGUGGCUAUUUUAAACUUUGCGAGAUUACUUUCAACACGUCAUAUGUUUUAAAACAAAAAAAAGUCGCUUUUUUUAAAAUGAGAAAUAGAUUCGUCUCAUGACCCAAGGAUUUCUGAACAGACGACACGAAAUCGAAAUGAAUUUUGUGAUUUCAGAGCUGGACCUGCUGUUCAGCGAGUUCCCUCUCGCCAUGGGCGUCGUUAAUUACAAUGGUAGUUUCAGAAAUUGUGAAUUUUCUGCUAUAUCCUUGUGAAUUUCAGUGACGGACAGAGACGACAUGAUUGAUAUGAAUAAGGCGUUCGACUUUUAUGUUUGUUCUCUGUUUUUUUUUCAAUUCCAUAAACAUUUUCCUUCAGUUUCGACCACCUAAGGAUAAAGUUUGGAACGAGAUUAAAAAAUGGAAUGUGGUGAGAUUUUGACUCUAAAAUUUCUCUCGGAAAGUUCGGAUAAUUAAAAAACUUACUGACGAGUUAGUACAACCUCACACGGCGUUUUUUGUGACGCCUCCAUAUUCUUUCCGUAAAGUGUAGUGUCUUGUGUGCAUGCACUGCGGCGCUUUCGCACAUGCGAAUUUUCGCAAAAUUCAAAAUGUUUUCUGAAUUCCCGAAAAUCAGUUAUAUUUUUCACUUUCUGUUGGCUAUUUUGAAUUUCGCGGAAUCGAUUUGAACACGGCAUUUGCUUCAAAAAAAGAACAGAAAUUCGCGUUUUUUAAAGGAGAAAUGGAUUCGUCCCAUGACCCAUUGAACAUGCGCCUUUAAUAUUACCUUACGCUUGUUUCCCAUGACGUCACAUGGGAACGGCGGAGGUUUCGACUCCACUUCAUUUUUGGAUUUGCCUUUUCUUACACUAACAAAAACGCCGUUCUCAGGGAGAAGGUGGUGACUUUAAUUUCAAAAUACUAAUCAGGGAACGUUUCCCCCGGUUGAAUUUUCGCUGAAACUUUGCUGAAGGACUAGGACCUCCUGACCAAAAAAAAAAAUUUCUCGCAAUAGAUCUUUUUUCCGAGUUAUUAAAAGUGUGCAAAAUAAGCAAGUUAGGCCAAAAAAGCGCUGAUCGAGUUUUUAGUUUUUUUUUUUUAAACCACGUUUCCUAGUAAGAAGAAUGAGUCAGCGGCCUUCGAAAAUGUGCCAUUCCUAUUUGAAAGACCCUUGCAACGUAAUCGAAUCGGUUCAGAGUUUCCCCGAAAUGGGAUUCGGAGCCGAGAUCAACGACUCGUUUUCCUGUAACAGGCCUCCCUGUGCCCUCUUGUAUUACCACAGCGGGAGUCAUCACUCACCGGCACGCGCACUCAACUUUUAUCUCAACGCUCAACUCAGCGACUGGGUAAGUUUUUGGGGGCGACGACAUGAUUGAAAAACAAUUCCAACGAUUUUUUUCGAGAUUUUUUUGAUAAGAUUCCAAAUUUUUUUCUCUUCAAAAUAAAUCGAAAAAAAUCGUUUUUUAUUUCUUCCGAAACUCUGAAGGAGAACUGAAACCUCCAAAAAAAUGCCGCAGAAAAAAAUACCAAAAAAAAUAACCUUUUCACAAGCCUCGAGCCUGUACGGGGAAAGUGUGCUCGAUUGACAAAACAGAAAAAUUUUUUUUGAUCAUAUAUUUUUUUUUCAUUAAUUUUUUUCUAAACAUUUUGAUACCGUUUAUUUUUGAUUGAGCCCCAAUUCACUAUAAAUCAAUUUUUUUUUUCCAAAUGGGCCCAAAAAGUAAAGAUUUACGUCCAAACUUAUUCUUAGUUCCCGACAAAAAUCCAGUUUUUCGAUUAAUGUAAACUUCAUCGCUUCAGAUAUCAAUUUAAUUAUCUUGCCUUUUAAAAAAAUAAAAAAUAAAGCUGCAGUAAUUGGACUCCGAAAAGUCUCAUUUAGCCAUGGAGCGAACUUUCAGCUUACUCUUUAGAUUAUUUUUCCUAGGCUAUUAUUUAUUUUUUAUCACAUUAUUUUCCAUCUGUUGUCUUAUACCUGAUGACAUCCCUCAAAGGAGUACAUUGCAGAACUUGAAGAAGAAGAAGAAUGUGAUCCGAGGCCACCUUGUGAUGGCACAGACGGUCAGUUGAAAAAGCUUUUAUUCAAUUCGAAAAAAAGAACGAAUAAAUUCAAUAAAAAAACUUCUGUAAAUUCAGCGUUUUUUUCGAAAAAAAGUGACUAAUUUGAUUGGAGUGAAUAAAUAACCAUUUCAAAAAAACAUUUUUUUGGUCCUCUUCCUGAGGAGAUACUGUGUUUGAUGACGUAAGAUUAGUCAGAAAUAGUCAAAAAAUUUUUUUUUGUUUCGAUCGACUAGCCGGUGAACAAGAACUGUUGAAGAAAUCAGCGGUAAAACCCGAGAAAUCUCUAAUUUUUAUUUUCAGUCAGGAAAUAGUUUGGUCGGUAUUGUUAUCGUGGUGAGCGCGGCGUUGACCGUCGCCUACUUCAUUAUCUUUCCGGUCAUUGAAAAAUCCACCAGUUUUCGGCAUCAGGUCAUUUUCGCCUUUUCGCUAUGACUCGAAAAGUCUGACUUGUCUGCCUUCUCUUUUCCUUCGCCGAGACAGAAGAGGCGCAGAGAAAUGAGAAAAGUCUGUCCAGAUUUUGAAUGUCAAGUUCAAUGACGUCAUUCGAAAAAGGCUCUGUGGAUGGCUCGCUCUCUAAUUGGUUUGCCGCCCCAAUAGGGGCGGAGCUUGAGCGGAGUCUUGAUAUUCAAAAACUGAACAGACCAUUUUGCUGCUCUUGAUGCCAAUUUUUGAAAGACCAUUAUGAGAGAUCGGUUGAUGAAGAACGAAAAAUUCCUAGGUUUGAAUAUUUGAAAGCUAGAGAGCACUAGUAAACGAGAGAGCGCUCAGAGAAAAAAAAAAGCGCCUGCUCUCCUAUUUUCGAACGCUCUCUAGCUUUUGAAAAGAUACGAAGAUCCAGCAUUGGAAUUUCCUGGGACUCGUGCCGGUUUUUGAAAGCUAGAGAGCACUAGUAAACGAGAGGGCGCUCAGAGAAAAAAAAAGCGCCUGCCCUCUCCUUUUCAAGCGCUCUCUAACUGUCGAAGACGUAGACUCUUUCUUUGUGAUCGUACGGGAAAAAUAAUCGAAAUCGAAGAAAUAUUCUAGCAAUUCUUGACGGGAAUGAGCCCAUUGGUUCUUUGGGGCAUCAACAUGUUGAUGGACUACGUUUUCUACAUGUUCAUCGUCGGCCUCUACUUCAGUUUCGCCCUCGUCUUCAGCUGGAAAUUCGUCGAAAACAUCAAGUUGUUCCGAUAGGACGGCUGCCCAACUGUCUGUCAACUUUUCAGAAUGCUGGUCGUUUGGGUGGUCUAUUGCCUCGCCUCGGCUCCUUUUGUCUAUUCCGCCUCGUUUUUGUUCAGUGCUGCUUCCAAGGUUUAUUUUUGUCAUAGCAAAGUUCAUUUGAAUAAACGCAAAUGUAGAGAGUCUCGCAAAUUUUUAUCAAGUUUCAUUUUUGAAGUCCCUUUUCAAGGAUUUUUCUGAAAUUUCGCUCGAACUUUCUCUGAAAAUCUAUAAGUGAUUACUACCUGCGCAAGCUCCAAUUUUCAGAGUAGGACUUUUUAAAGUUUCUAAAUUUGCAUUUUAGACUUGAAACUUUAAUUUUUAGGUCUUUGUUGAGCCCGAGCUUUAAAAAAUAUUAUCUUCAAAAAUUGAAAAAGUUACAGAUUUUUCGAUUGAGAGGUUCAGGAAGGUAUAUUACAUUUAACGUAGAGAAAACUUGUGGAUUUUUCUCAAGAAACCCUCUUCUCCCUAGAACAUGUUUGGAUAGGGAAGGAAAAACUUUUGAAAAUGACAUUAAUAACUAGAAAAAUCAUGUUUUACUGGCUUUGAGAUUCAUUCGACGAAAAAAAACCGGAAUUCGAAGCAUCUGAGGAUUUCGCCAAAGAGUGAAAAAAAGCAAAUUUAGAGUUUCGGAUGCAAGACCUCAAUUGACAGGUUAUCUUUUCGAUAUUCGUUUUUCAGGCCUCUUUCUCCCUGCUCCUCUUCAUGAUCGGGAUCCCGCUUACUUUGGCAAUUUUGUUCAUAACUGUGGCUGGACUUAUAGAAUCGAAAGUAGGUAAAGACGCCGUCGACGCUUCUCAGGUACUGUCCCUUUCAAUUUUUUUUUUCGUGGAAAAGAAAAAAACCUCAUCAGGAAGUUAGACUCUGAAAAAGAAAAUAUUUUUGGAAAAAAAGUAUUUGAGCAAUAGUUUUGCCUGAUUUCGUUCGCUCAUUUUUCAAAAUAAAGUCCGUUUUUGAAGAAGGCUCUCAGCGGGUGGGCCCGUACUAAGCUCUUCCAGCGGGUGUACCCGAACAAGCAAAUCUGGGCGCCCUUUUAUAGUCUCUUUUUGGCGGUUGGAAAGUUUCUCUGUGCUCUCUUUGUCUCUCGGCAAGGCUGUCAUGUUGACGUGCUAUUUUUUGCUUCUCUGACCCUGCCGUGGAGGGAACAGGGAGACGAGAGAGAUGCAGGCUUUUUCAGGACCCGGCUGGAGGAUAUAAUUAAAAAAAGCUAUUAAAAUUGAAGGCAAAGAGUGAAUCCGAUGAAAAAUCAAAAAACUUCAUAUAGUCAAUGUUUCCCGACUUGAAAGGCGAGCAGGGGGCGGGACGCGUAGCGUGUGCGUACGCGGUUCUUGGCACGUGUUCAAUUCAACCGCCAUCUACUCUUUGAAAAGCCGGUUUUUCGCUCUUUUCAUUCCUUUUUCAAUUAUUUAUUGAUUAUGUUCAUGUGCGCAUCAAAACAUAGUAGAACACAUAAAAAAGAGCGGUUGCCGAGAUUUUUAAAUAGUCGGCGACAAUUGAAUUGAACUCGUACCAAGAACCGCGAACGCACACGCUACGCGUCCCGCCCCCUGCCCCGCCUCCUUCGCCUUUCAAGUCGGGUAACAUUGACUGUACUGGCGGUACUACACCUGGUCACUUCCUAAAUAUCGUUCAUUUUUCCAGUGCAGGAAAAAAAGACACCUUUCAGGGACUCGCAGCAUUUUUGCUCCCAUCGUACGGUUUCUUGAAAGCGAUAGAAGAUCUGGCUGAAGGAAAAACGUUGUGUUUGUCGCGUUCAUCAGAACUUUUCCCUCAAUUGGUAUUUAUAGGGGGAGCCAUUAGUCCAAUGGUUUUCUUCACAGUAUUUUCUACGCUCUUUUUCUUCGCCAUUCAACUCCGAGUAGGCCACCGACGCCAGUUUCCACCCCAAAAAAAACUAUCAUUUUGCAGGCUGUCCGCCGAAUGCUCUACAACAUCACGAGAUGUGGCCCGAAAACACCAGUCGAAUUUGUAUGUUUGUGGAAAAAAAAGAAGAUUUUGGAUAAAAAUGCCAUUUUCAAAGCUUUCCCCAAUCCCUGUAACGCACGCCGGACCCCCUCCGGACGUUUCUGAGCAAUUCUAGGGGCAGUAAAAUAGGACGUUUCAUGUGAAAGCAGUAUCUUAUAUAGUUUUUCAUUGCGAAUCGAACGGUGUACUCAAAAAAAUUACAGAUGUGACAACUUUAGAAGAAAAACGCGAUUUUACUUUCCCGCCUUUAUUUUUGAAAAAAGCUUUGAAUCGGUAUGCAGACAACUUUUUACAGUAGCCGUACACGCGAUGUUGCGGACGUCUCAUUAGACUCGCAUUUUGUGAGAAAUAACCGGAUAUCUGCUUCAAAUUAAGGGUUUUUUUUCUGAAAAAAACAUUCAGUCAAACAAAAAACACACACCGAUAAUAAAUAAAACACAAAUAAUCGCUAUCCCAAUCGAAACCUGUGUAAAAUCAUAAUUUUUCACCAGAAAAGCAUUUUUGCGAUUAAAGUUUGCAAAUUAUACAUGAAUAGAAAGUUUUUGUGACGAAAAGAACUUUGGUGACAACAGAAAAAAAAUUGAAAAUUGAAAGAAGCGAAGAAAAAAGCGAAAAUCGGCGGAGCGUGUUGUCCAUAGAGCAACUUUACUGCAAAGCGCCCUUUUGGCAGGAACUCAAACUUUCCUUUCUCCGACUUUGAAUUAUUUUUUCUCCAAAUUAGGAAGUUCUGUACGUUUCCAAAUUCACCGCUCGAUUCGCAAUUAAAGCCCUACAAAGUACUGAUUUGAACUGAAACACCGUUUUUUUUACUGCCCCUAUGUCUUUAAGUGGUCCCUAGAUAAUCCCAGUAAUGUCGGGUUUGCAUUACCGAGGUCCUAGUAGGUUCUUCAUGCGAAAUGCUUGUAUUUUUCGAAGAAAAUGAGUUUUUAAUCUGCAAAAAUCGGUUUACGGUAAAUUACUUAUCGUAAUCUAAAAAAUGAUUUUAAAAAAUGGCUUUUUUGACAAUUUGACCUCGUCGCGGGUCGUUUCAGCAGCCUUGAAGAACUCUGAAUAGAAGAUUUUCAGAACGGCUGUGAUGAGAAUGUAAAAGCCGAACAGAUGAGGGUAAAGACGGGCCAGACGGAAGGGUCCAUUCUGGUUGUCAAGGUUUGUUCAAAAAUUCAAAAAAUACCAGUUUUCAACACUUUACCGAGUUAAUCAUGAAUAGGUUCACGGAAAAAAAAUUUUUUUUCGAACCUUCCAAGAUCCAUUUAUUCUUCUCUAUAUUCUGUAAAACAACUCAAAAUUCAUUGGCUAGCUGGGAAAAUUUCUAGUGGCCUCUACAGCAGUCAAAUUAGUGGCCACUCAAGGGGUUAAAAAUUAGUGGCCACUAUAAAGGUCUAAGUGCUACUACUACACCAUUGAAAAUUUUAGUGGCCCCUUUAGGGGUCAAUGGAUCAUCAUAACUGGUCCAAUCUUUUGUUUUGAAAUUAUCAGAGUGACUGGAAGGAAUACUGGAUGAAAAACUACGGAAGUGGCCACUAAAACGGAAAAUAGUGGCCACUAUAGAGGUGGAUUCAGUGGCCACUUUAGUGUCCUCUCCAAGUAGUCCUCGGCGAGCCUCUAUAGUGGCCACUAGAAAUUUUCCCAGAAAAAAAAAAUCGAGAAUCAGCUAACUUUCUCCAUGGAGCAUACUUUCCUUUAUCUUUUAUCAAAGCUAUUUUCUAAGCUUUUAGGUCAUAUUUCAGUUCAAUUAUUCUGAAACGGGCACAGUACAAAAUUCAUUUCAACCAAUGUUAUCUCCCUUAUGAGAUUGUUUCAAUGGAGAACACAUUUUUUCUUAGAACCUGACGAAAAUCUUCAAACAAUACCGGGCGGUGAACGGUCUCCACAUGGCCAUCGGCCACAACGAAUGCUUCGGAUUUCUCGGCGUCAAUGGCGCCGGAAAAACGACGACGUUGGAUAUUCUGACCGGGAAGACUUUCCUGACCUCCGGCUCGGCUACCGUCAACAACGUCGACGUCUCCAAGCAGACGGUUAUUCAAAGAUGUUGUUGAAUCGAAAGAAUCCUUGAUUUUUCAGACCUUGGGUUACUGUCCUCAAGUCGACCCUCUGAUUCCCGAGCUGACUGGCAGAGAAACUCUUGAGGUCUGAGUAGUCAUUCUGAAUCGAGUCGACGUAUUCUUGCAGUUGAUCGCUCAAAUGCACGGUUACAAGAACUUCAAAACGAAGGCGAAUGUGGCCCUGGAAGGCGUCGGCAUGAAGGAUUUGGGCAACAAGAAGGUCAAGCACUACAGGUACGUCUUCAGAAGAGAGCAAACGACGUCAAGAAUUCUUAUUUUCCAGUGGAGGACAGCGUAGAAGAAUCUCGCUCGGCGUCGCCUUGUUAUCGCCCUCAGAUCUGAUCAUCCUCGACGAACCGACGGCCGGUGUUGAUCCCAAGGUAGUUUGGAUCCUUGGAUCAACUCCAAGAAACGAUCCAGACUCGGCACGAGAUUUGGGAUACCCUGUGGCAGGCGAUGAAGUCGGCGUCGUUGAUUCUGACGUCACACUCGAUGGACGAAUGCGAGGCUCUCUGCAACCGGAUCACCAUCAUGAAGAAGGGCAACAUGCUCACGAUUGGUAGCAGCCAAGAUAUCAAGUCGAGGUGAGGAAGCGAAACCGAAAUGAGCCUUUUUUGGCAUUUCUUGGCACUGAUUCACGGCUGGUUUGAGUAAUCGAAAAAAGGGUCCUGACACGAUAAUGGACGAGAUAGCUGGCUCGUGGAGAGCCCAGACAGGACACGCCCCCUUAGUGUCCCAAGCUGGCCGUGAAUCAGCUAUAUGAACCUCAAUAUAAUCAAAGCUCAUCGAAAUCAAGAAAUCGAUAAACUUAAAAAAAAAACCGUAAUCAAUUUCAGUUACGGUAAGACUUUCACGUUGACCAUCUCCGUCGACAGUGUCGAGAAGCGGACACAAAUCCUCGCAAUGGUCACUUCAAAGUUUGUCCAAAAGACCCAAAAAGAAGGAAGAAUAAUUUUCCAGUUACCCCGGAUCCGUGUGUAAAGACCCAGACAGCAACAACCUGACCUGGGUGGUGGGUUUAUGAUAACUUAUAGCAUAUAAAUCAUAAAGAGCCGCGGAUAGAGACGCUUGGAUAUAAAUCCCAUGAAAGUGUGCUCCACGGCAAGCUCUGAAGUGGGUGAAAAAUUGAGCUCGGACAAUGGUAACGAAACCCCGACGUUUUUGAGCGAUUCUAGGGAUCAUUUAAGAGUUCUGUCGCUACUUAAGUGGUCACUAAAAAUAAUGCGAGGAGAAUUAUCAAGAAAAGCUAGUAACACGAACCGUACGUAUUGGAGCCUUUUUAGUGAUCACUUUAGUAGAGUCAGCAUUUUUAAGUGACCCCUAGGAAGGCUCAGAAACGUCCGGAUUGCGUUACCGAGAUCCGAGUGAACACUUGGGAUAUUUAGCAAUAGAGCACACUUUCCCUGGACUCUCCUGCCGAGGCAUUUACUUUUCUUGGCUAUUUUUCUAAGGAAGAAAAAUUGACUUUGUACUUUACAAGUUUCCGAAAAUGGCCAACGUCUUGAAAAACUUGCAAAAGUUCUUAUUUUUCAAUAAAUAAGGGCUCAAAGUCUGGAAGUCUCCAUUUUUGUGGUUUCCCUUAUUUUUUAGGUGUAUUUUCUCAGAAAACAGCAGACUUGUAAUCUGGCAAAUGGCUAACUUUCUGUAAAUUCGCAACCGUAAAGUGUAAAGACUUUUCUUCUGACUAUUUUUGAACGAAUUUUCAGUCAACGGGAUAUUAGAGCCAGAAUUUCUUGUCUUAGAGCCUAAUCGAAAGUUGCAGAUCCCCAGAGACGCCGAUGACAAGUGGUCGAAGAAGUUCAAAGAGGCUCAGGAGCUGGCCGAGUCUGUCGGAUCGGACCGCUACUGUCUGGAGCAGUCGACGCUCGAGGAAACUUUCCUGCGGAUCAUUGGCGAUGACGCGUGCGUCGCCGGCAAGCCGCAAUUCGAUGGCGCGCAGAGUCCGGCCGGUCCAAGUCCUGGUGGACCUAGUCCUGGAGCCUUGCCAAGCCCUGGAACCGUGCCAAGUCCUGGAGCCGUGCCAAGUCCUGGAGCCGUGCCAAGUCCUGGAGCCGUGCCAAGUCCUGCAGCCGUGCCAAGUCCUGGAGCUGCGCCAAGUCCUGGAGCCGUGCCCAGUCCAGCCGCCAAGCCGAGUCCCGGCAACCCCGAACAAUACUACAACUUGGCUUCCCCUGGUCUUUCCGCCGAAAACAUGAAAAGUCCGUCUAACUAG